AAGAGAGCACGACAAAGCCUAUUCCCCCUCAGGAGACUGAAAAGAUUUGGCAUGGGUCCUCAGAUCCUCAAAAGGUUCUGCAGCUGCACCAUCGAAAGCAGUUAGAAAGAGAACUGAAGGUCAAUGUUUCACAAAAUCGACUCUUGUUUUGCAACUGUAGACAAUUGACCCAUUGGUUGUGUCUAAGUAUUAUGAAGCCAUGAGGAAGGUUCAUACUACAGUAGUUGCAUUGAGACACUUUCAAAGGUAUUGUUUACGUAAUACUGCUGUUUAAAUGACUGUCAAGAUGAAAAUGUUGAACGACAGAGUAAUAAAAUAAAUGAUAGACAGUGACUCCAGAACAGAGGUGUCAGCAAUUUGAGGAAAGGUUUCCUUGUUCUCCAAAAGGGUAUGAAAAAGCUAUCUUUGCCAAGAGGACAUUUUUAAACGCAACCAAGACAACCAGCAUUUUAAAAAGCAUGAGGCAAAUGGGAGCUGAAUAUACUGGGCCUCUUUCUCGAGCAGGCUAUUCUUUUAACAGGCCAUUUUGAAAUAUGCUGAUGUGUGCUUGGUUGCCAAGAACUCAUUAAUCAUAGGAUGGUUGGAGGCUUCGGAUGGAAGAGUUACCAUGAGUAAAGAUAAAGAAACCAAUCCACUGAUCCACAAUCCGGCUACCCCAGUUACAUGACUAAGGCACAGAAUAUUCAUGCAUGUUUUUAGGAUUUAUAGGGUUCCUGUUGUUCAUCACAACAAUCACCAUGGAGUUCAGUUACUGGAAAGACAGUCAUCAUGUUGAGUAGCUGGAAAAUAUAAUAAACGGUAUUCCACACAAACACUCCUUUAUCUUCCUUCAAGUUACUUUAUUCUCUCCAAAUGAUCUCUCCAGUUUUUAAUUAUCUUCAAGAUGUUUCGGUCUUCUUCUCCUGCAGGCUUCCUUGUUCAGUGUGGAAUGCUAGCGGACCGGUGGCGAGCCGAGGCUGAAGGAGCAUGGUGAAGCACCAACCCUUGCAGCAGGUCUAUGAGAAGCAGCUGUGUUUGUCCUUCCUCACUGGGAUCUAUGGCUGCCGCUGGAAACGCUACCAGCGUUCACAUGACGACAGCUCCAAGUGGGAGUGUGCAUGGUUCAUCAUCUUGUGCAGCACCUUCUCCCUGCUCCUCUUCUGGGCUUACUUCUGGUUGGAGGCCCACAAUGACUACAACCAAUUCAACUGGUUACUAUACAACCGUUCUGGGGAAUGGAAGGACGGGACUGUCCCCAUUCUGGCAACCACCGCAGUUGGCUUUAGUUACAUUACAUUUUUAAUGAUUUUAGCACUUUGUCAUAUUUCGCUGGGACAGCAGCUGAACCUCUACUGGAUCCACAAGGUUGGUGUGUUGGCGGCCUUGAUCACCACUGUCAGUGGCGUGGUCUCCAUCGAUGACGUCUGGGGGGACGAGUGGGACAUCAUCCUCAUAUCUCUACAGUCCACAGGUCCUUUCCUGCACAUAGGAGCUCUGGCUGCCGUCACAGUGCUGGGCUGGCUAGUUGCUGAACAAGUGGUCCGUGCAGAGAGAACCAAGUUCCACGUGAUAUUGCUGCUGGUUUACCUGAGUGUUCUGCUGGCCCUCUACAUGGCUCCCCUCGCCAUCUCCUCACCCUGCAUCAUGGACAAGAACAACCUCAAAUCUCGACCUGACGUCAUUGGACGACGGGGAGCGCCAAUGCUGGCUCCAGAGAACACCCUGAUGUCCUUCAACAAGGCUCUGCAGCAGGGGGUUAGCUCCUUGGAGGCCGACGUCACCGUCAGUCUGGACGGGGUGCCCUUCCUGAUGCGAGACCGCACCUUGAAACGGACCACUGACAUCGCCAAGGUCUUUCCAGACAGGCAGCAUGAGGACGCCUCUCUCUUCAACUGGACAGAGAUUCGCUCUCUAAAUGCGGGGCAGUGGUUUUUGGAGAACGACCCCUUCUGGACUGUUGGGUCUCUGACAGGGAGGGACCGGAACCGGAUACGGAACCUGACAGUGUGUAGCCUGGUAGAGAUGUUGCGUCUGGCUGCCAGGGCCAACCGGUCAGCCCUGUUGUAUCUCCGCAGACCUCCCCCAGAACACCCACACUACAAAACCUGGAUCAUGGACACCCUGUGGGCCGUCCAGAGGUCUGGGAUAUCACAGAAGAGAGUGACGUGGACCCCGGACACAGACAGGGGCCGUGUCAGGGGGCUGCAGCAGACCUCCUUGGAGAAGCUGUCAGUGGAGGAGCUCAGACACAGAGGUAUCAGCAGCCUCACCCUGCGCUACUCACAGGCCAGCAACAAGGACAUUCAGGACUUCUUGGCAAACAACAUGAGUGUGACGGUGUACCCAGUGAAUGAGCCGUGGCUUUACUCAGUGCUGUGGUGCAGCGGGGUGUCUUCUGUCUCCUCUGACACCCCUCAGGUCCUCCGCAAGGUGCCUUACCCCAUCUGGCUUAUGAGCCCAGAUAAAUACUGCUUGGUCUGGAUCACCUCCGAUCUAGUCUCCAUCGCCAUAGUUAUAGGAAUAUUCAUCUUUCAAAAGUGGAGGAUGAGUGGCAUGCAGAACUACAAUCCAGAGCAGAUCAUGCUGAGUGCUGUGGCGCGCAGACCCAGCCGGGAUGUCAACGUCAUGAAGGAGAAGCUCAUAUUCUCAGAGGUAAGUAAUGGAGUGACCAGUACAGAUGAACAUCUAUAUCCAGAGAAUGGCUAUGACAUUGGGCAGUACAAGUGAGCUGUGUCUCUGUACCUGGAGAAUGGCUAUGCCAAUAUGCAGGAAGGAUGAGUUGUCUCUGUACCUGUCUGCGCUGGUUGUGACAGCUACACUUAUGACGGCAUAACAUGGUGACCGCAACAGGCAGAAUCACAAUGGCUGCUACUGUAAACAUGGAUGUUUCUACCAACAUGUCGGAAGUUUGAACUUUAAAAAGUUCUGAAUGUUCAAUAUUUUGAAGACUGUUGACCUUCUUGCUGGAGUGACUUUUUUAGAAGUUGUUCUGACGGAUCAUGGGAUGUUUUUCUUCGAUAAUUUGUUUAUAUAGCAGAGGAAAAGCGUCCUGCUCUGGACAUUGAGUUGAGUUUUUCUGUUAUUUUAUUUUCCCUCAGAGGAUUUUCAUGGUUUGGAUUUCUGAAUACUAUGAUAUAAGACUGAAUUCACUAACAUGUGUGUCCUCUCCUAUCGAUGUGUGAAUGACAUUUUGCAUUAUGAGAGUGAACUGUUCUUGCAUUGUCAAAUCAAAUCAAAUUUUACUGGUCAAUAACAG